AUGGCUGAAGCAAGUGCAGACAGCUCAGUUUCUUCUCCACAAAAGCCGAAUCCUGAGAAAUUCAAUGAACUUGUCGACGAAGAACAAUACACAAUAAAGAAGAGGUUGCCUAGGACAUUCCCUAAACGCAAAAAUGAUGUGUAUGUCAGCUCAAAAACGAACUUAAAAGUGCAGUUGAAUAGGUGCCUGAAACAUUUUGAUGAAAAUGGUUUCCAAGAAGUGUUCAUCCAUGGACUGGGUAAUGCCAUAAAUAGGGCCAUAAACCUUGCCCUCCAGGUUCAGGUUCAUUAUGGAAACGUGAUGGAAGUAUCAACACAUACGUCGACGUUAGAAUUAAUAGAUGAUUUAGACCCAAAAACAGAAGAUGCAGAACCUGGUGUUCAUUCGCGGAAUAAUUCAGCCGUACACAUUCGAGUUUAUCGGAAAGACCCUGCGUCAGACUCUCCAGAUACAGUCAUUAAAGGGACAUAG